CUGAGUUUAGGAGAGCCGCGGAUCAGUGCUGAGCAGUGUUGGGGGAACGCGUGUUUAGGAAAUAGUCAGGGGAUGCAUGAAUGAAUUAGCGUUAGUUGUUUUUGCUGGAUUAAAUUCAUAAUAUUGACUUUUGAGGAGUUACAAGCAAGUUCUCUUUGCAGCUGGCUAGCACCAUGGAAAAUUUUAUUUUGUACGAAGAAAUUGGACGAGGAAGCAAGUCCAUUGUUUACAAGGGCAGAAGGAAAGGGAGCAUACAUUUUGUGGCAAUUAUCUGUAGUGAGAAAUCUAAGAGGCCUGAAUUAACAAAUCAUGUGCGGCUUACGCAUGAUAUCAAGCAUGACAAUGUGGUCUCUUUCUAUGAGUGGUAUGAGACCAGUAACCACCUCUGGCUGGUGGUUGAGUUGUGCACAGGUGGAACAUUACAGGCAGUUAUUUCCCAGGAUGAAUGCUUAUCAGAUGAUAUUGUGCGUGAAUUUGCCAUGGACUUACUUAAAGGGCUCAAGUACAUACAUGACUCAGGCAUAGUGUUCUCUGACCUCACCCCUGCUAAGAUUUUGCUGGAUGGUCCAGGCACUCUGAAGUACUCUAAUUUCUGCCUGGCCAAAGCACAAGGGGAGAACCUCGAGGAGUUUUUUGCUAUUGUAAUGUCAGAAGAUGGAGGAGACAGCAAAGAAUGUGCCACUCCUAGGAAAAAUAUCAAGAACCGAACACAAGGCUCCCCUCUGUACUGUGCUCCAGAGGUGCUAAGAGGGGAUAACACCAGUGUCUCCAGUGACCUGUGGGCUUUGGGUUGCAUUCUCUAUGAGAUGUUCGCAGGAAAACCACCAUUCUUCUCUGAGAGCUUCACUGGUUUGGUUGAUCUGAUUUUACAUGAAGAUCCUCCAACCCCAAUGCAGAAAGGGCCCAGUUGUUCACAGCCCAGUCCAGAGUUUCAAAGCCUGCUACGCGGUCUACUGCAGAAGGACCCUCUAAAUAGGCUAAACUGGGAGCAGUUGCUGCUGCACCCUUUUUGGAGGGGAGCAUUUUCAGUGGAGGCGUCCUCAGAUGUUGAUGAAGAUAAAGAUGCCUCACUUAGCUCCAGCGUACAGUUGGAGUCCAUGUCCUCUCAGGCAACACUAGAGGCCCAGAGAGCAGCAGCUGCUCCAACUAACCCACAGCUCAGCAAGUCCUUUACAUUAGAUAAUGUGACUGAAUUUAGACCCAAGACUGUGUCAGACAUAGAUGCCAGAGAAUCUAUUUUCCUCCUCAGCUCUUGUCCAACUCCAAGAACAAGCAGUACUGUGAAAGAGAUGGACAACAGGGAAGUCAAGACAGAAGACAGCAGCGUACUGGAGGAUCUUCAGGGUGAUCAGUGUGCUAGCAUUAAAGUGCUCUUAUACACAGACUCAGAUCUGACUGUGACUCCCAUCAUGGACAACCCAAAGAUUCUUAAAACUGCUCCAAUCCGAUUUGACUCUAAAACUCUGUGUGUGUCAGCAUAUUCAGCUGAGCGUUUGGCUUGUCUGAGCUCAAGUGACUGGGCUGCAUUCCUGCAUCAGAUAUGUGCUGUGCUGGAGUCAGUGGACCGAACCGGAUCUGGAGCUCCCACAGCACCACGUGUUAAACUCAACCUGCUCUGUUAUCUGUGCUGCGUCACUGGGCACAGAGACACAGCUACUCGCCUUAUGCACUCCCAGCUGUUCCCAGUGUUGACUCAGCAGUUGAAGCAGGCCCCUAACUGGGAUGUGAAGACCAAAGUGAUGAGAGUCAUCGGCCUGUUGGCCUCUCAUUGCACAGAGCUCAGAGAAGAUGUUCCUAUCAUAGAGGCAGUGGCCAUGUUCACUGAGCUCAUUCGGGAGAACUUCAGGAACACCAAGCUGAAGCAAUGCCUAUUGCCACCACUAGGAGAGCUACUCUCCCUCAUUGCUACCCAGGAGGAGAAGAAAGAGCACCCAGGAGGAUUGUGGGUCGUUCCUUCUGCCGCCUACACCGUGUUAAUGAGGUGCCUUCGGGAAGGGGAGGAGUUGGUGGUGAAUCACAUGGCAGCAAAGGUCAUAGAGAAUGUGUGCAGCAGAGAGUGUCUGUGUGCUCAAGGCUUCAUCACAGCAGAGGUGGGACCUGCUCUCUGGUACCUUUUCACACAUUCCACUGUGGAUGCGCUAAGGGUCAGUGCAAUGUCGGCUCUGUGUAGAAUAACCCGUCACUCAGCGGGAGCGUUCCAGAGUGUCAUUGACAAGGUGGGAUUGCCCAGCAUCCUCAGCUGCUUAGUGUCAGGCAUCAGCCGUGUGCAGCAGCAUAUGCUCACCAUGUUUGCGGCCAUGCUGGCCUCCGGCGCACACUUAAACAGACUGGUACAGGACAGGGACUUUGUUGUGAAGAUAAUCCGUUCUCUGGAGAGUCCUUCCUCAGUCAUUCGAGCCAAGGCCUUCCUGGUGCUUCUGCAGGUUCUCAUACAUAACAGGGAGAUGCUGUUGCUGUGCUGCAGCUCCAGGCUGGUGAUGUACAUUGAGAGAGACAUCCGAAAGGCCACGCCAGGGAAGGAGCAACAAAGCAGCAAUGAAUACCUGUCAAAAUGCCUGGCCCUAUUCAUCCGUCACACCGUGCGAGAGCUUCCAGCCAUCCUGGAUGAUAUCCUGUCAGCUUUAGGAAGCAUUGUUGGAAGGAAACAUCCUUCUGCUGCCCAGACUCGCCAGCUCAAACAAAGUCUCCCUAUGAUGGCUGUGGUGCUGCACUUAUUUACCUCACAGGUUUUCAGGCCUCAGGUGGUGAAUGAGGAGUUUCUCAUUAAAUUCGGAGCACUGCUGAAUCACAUUACGUCUAUUGACGCCAAUGAGACCAGCUUGGGAAGUGCUAUAGGGCAAGCAGCAUCUGAGGAAUUGAUCAGGAACACACUGUCUGCAGUAGAGGCUAUUUCCCAGCAUCCAGCUCUUCUGAGCACACACCACUGCACAGUUGUGGAUACGAUCCUGCCGCCUUUGGCAUCUUUGGCAUUCAGUAAGAAUGUGGAAUGGCGUAUCGUGAGUUUGCGGGUGCUGUCAGAGAUAACCCUGCUGUUGCUGAGCCAGGAGGCGGUGGAAGAAGGAGAGGGAGAGAAACGAGGAGCGUGGGAUGGAGAGGGCAGCUCCUCAAACACACGCCUGCUGACUCUCAUUACAGAGGACCUCCUGCCGCAGUACGAGUCUCUACUUCUGGAACCUAACCCAGUACCCGUCUAUGCUCUCAAACUCCUGGGGUCUCUUACUGAACACAGCACGCCUGUCAACAGGCUUGUCAAAGAGAGUCGUCUACUGCCUGUCAUCUUUCAAGUCAUAGCGGAGCACCAGAAUAACAUCCUCGGUGGCACCAUGCAGCAUGCCAUGGCUCUUCUCUCCAAUCUGAUUGGACAGAAGGACACAGAUCUCCAGCCCUUCUACCAGCAAGGUAUCAUUGAGCUGGUGUGUGGUGUGUUUGUGGAAGCUGCAGUGUUGGAUAUAGAGAAAGAAGAGCGUUCAGGAGUCAAGAGCUGCAGCUCUCUUCUUCUUUCCCUGCUGGACAUCAUCUACUGCCUGCUCAAACAUCUGUCCUCCGUGGUCCGACUGGCUCUGCAGUCUGGAAGUAAUGGAGACACAGAAGCAGCAGAAGAGCUCUUGCUUGUCAACAAGCCGCUGACCAGCCUCAACAGUCACCUCAUUCAAAUGCUGCCCUGUGGUGAUGGAGAGGUGUAUGAGGAGGCCAGUCAAUGUGUGUCUCUGCUGGCUCAGCUGUAUGGAGGGGAUGGAGCUGACCAUCUGAACCCUGAAGAUCUGCUCAGCCUUGCACACACACUGCAGUUACACCCUGAGCCAAGACAGCAGAGAUUGCUGCUCCGUGUACUUAAACGACUGAUGGGUGCUGUAGACACAUCUUGCUGGGAUUCAGAAGAAGGUCAGAGCUUGGUGCACGUGCUCCGGAGCCUGGCCCAAAAUACCAGGUACCACCCAGAUACCACAAUGGGGUUGCUAGCUGUUGAGAUUCUGGAAGGGAUUGGAUACCGAGAUGGAAGUGGAAUCCACUGAACCAGCAGUGCUCCACUGUGUUCUGUACAUUAUUUUGUAUGUUUAAGCUGUAAACUUUAGGCACAAAGUUGUAUCUGUACUGCACAGCAUGUAAAAACAGCAGUCCAUUUCACUGUUCAUUAUUAAAAAAAUGGUUCUAUUAA